AUGGCUGUGAACAAGAAAUCAUCUGCCCGGAGAGGGUCUCAGGCCAAGAAGAGUACGAAAAGAAAAGCUACGAAAUCUAAAUCAGCAAAAUCUAAAUCAGCUUCGAGAGCCAAACGUGGCAGACAGGCUGUACGAAAGACGCCUGGCAAACGUAUCCAAAGUUCGACUCCCAAUGCUGGCAGUACCAGGCUCCCGCUGUCUGUACUGGAAAACCUUACCCCGGACGAAAUGCGUCGUCUUUUUCGCCCCCGCCUCCCGGCUACGGAUGAUCCGUGGGAAGAGCCAUGCCUUGAAGCGGACCCUAUGCCGGAGGACUACGUCUUCGUUCCUAAAGGGGAUGUAUACAUCACCAGAUAUUGCAAGAGUCACACCAAGGACAGAGGGAUGGGCAUUAGGAUCCCUAAGGAUGCGUACGACUAUGUGAUGGGAAUGGCAAAGAGGACAGCCGAAUAUCGUGCAGAAGCUGUUCGACUCCGGGAUGAAAGGGCGUUGAAGCGUGCACGGAAAGUGCUGCAGACACAAUUUCCCGCAAUGCCAGAAGCUUCUCUGGAAGCCGUCCUCCAGCAUGCAUUUUUGAAGGGAUCCGGACGGGUUGGGCGGUCUACGACACAGACAGACGAGAACAAGGCAAUACUGGCCGUGGAGGCGCAUAUCAGGCAUACGCACACACCUUACGAAAGUCUGCUUGAGGCAGGACUCGACAGAAAUGAAGCAAGAGACGCCGUGCGGGAUACAGUCCAGGCAAUCAAAGACCAGUGGGCUGGCAAGAGUGAUUCUGCGACAACACAGGCUACUACCGUUUCAACAGCCAAAACUGGGAAGAAGACAAGGGCGAAGAAAUGA